GCAACGGCCAUGCUUUCCUUUCGUCCAUUGACUUGUUAUUAUAUCACUCGUGUACCGGUAUGGAUGGAUGAAUUAUCAAUCAAUUGAUUGAUUACCUAUCAAUUGUCCAAUUACACAAACUCCAUAUAAUAAAAAUAACUUGCCCACCUACCCACCACUACCCUUCGACCACUACUCCUCCCACCCUAGUCAUUCUUUGGCCUGGCCCCUUUAAGGCUCAAUCUUCGGUCCACCAGUCUAUCCAUUCAUUCAUUCAUUCAUUCAUCCAUCCAUCCAUUCAUCCAUCCAUCCAUCCAUCCAUCCCAUCCCAUCCCAUCCAGUCACCCAGCUACUUUUCAAUCCUGGAUUCAUCAUUCUCAUCCUUCUUCCUCCUGCCAACCAUCUGAUUGUCACUUUCUACUACCACCUGCCUUCAUAUCGAUAGGCAUUCCUUCGCAAUCACACAUCUACAUCCUUACCUACCGGAACUUACAUCAUCUCAUAUCGUGCAAUAUGCCGUGUGGACUUGGAGGUUCAAAAACCACCCAAAGGAAAUUGGUCCUAUUAGGGGAUGGUGCGUGUGGAAAAACGAGUUUACUGAACGUUUUUACGAGAGGAUAUUUCCCAACGGUAUACGAACCUACAGUUUUCGAAAACUAUGUUCAUGAUAUUUUCGUCGACGGUACACAUAUCGAACUUUCCCUGUGGGAUACAGCCGGCCAAGAAGAGUUCGAUCGAUUGCGAUCGCUUUCCUACGAUGAUACGCACGCGAUAAUGCUGUGCUUCUCGGUCGACUCGAAAGAUUCCCUCGAAAACGUCGAGUCCAAAUGGGUAGGCGAAAUCGCCGAGAAUUGUCAAGGCGUCAAACUCGUUCUAGUCGCAUUGAAAUGUGAUUUGAGGGAACAAGGUGCAGAUGAUGAACCGGCAGAGGGAACAGAAGGUGCAGAGCCAAGAGAAAAGAAACCAAUGAUUGACUACAAUCAAGGCUUGGAGGUGGCGAGGAGAAUCAAUGCGCUUAGAUAUUUGGAAUGUUCGGCGAUGAGGAAUAGAGGAGUGAAUGAGGCGUUUACAGAGGCGGCUCGGGUCGCAUUGAGUGUCAAUCCAAAUGGGGGUGAUGGAGAUGGAAAAUGUGAUGUCAUGUAGGGGAUGUAUAAAGUUUGAGGUAAUCUCGCUUUUGGAAAGGGGAUACGACUUACUCUUCAUUUCUUGAUCUGGGUUUUGGGAAGGCAGGCUGGCGUUGGAGGUUCACGUGUGCUUAGGUGGUACAUAUAAUUUUACUGGAGGUAGAAGGAAACUCUCAAGUGUUCUUCUGAAGGGUUCCUUCGAAUCCAACUUCGGGAUAGGUUUACAGCGGCAAUAUGCAGUGGGUGCAUAGCCUACACCUACCUUUACUUUCUUCCCAUGACAAUUCUUGGGGAUAAAAUGGAAGGGGGUUCUUCAAUUCAUGAACAUAUUAACUUCAAUUUCGACUUCUUGGUUUCUUCUUCAUCUUUUUCUUCGUCUUUUUCUUCUUCUUCUUCUUCUUCUUCUUCUUCUUCUUCUUCUUCUUCUUCUUUCUUUCUUUUCUUAGAUCGAAAAUCCAUGGCGCUGGAGUAGAGAAAAGUGCUCUUAUGAUGAGGGGAUGGGGGAACAUAUAGAUAGGGAUUAGUGUGGAGGAUUGAAGAAGUUUUUGGGAUGUAGAUUAUUGGGGGGAAUUUAGAGGGCUAAAGGGAGGGGUGAAUGAUGGAUCGAUGAGUGGAUGGAUAGUAUAAGUCAGGAUAGCAUAGGAUAUGAUAGGAUAUCAUUUACUAAAAGAGUUAUAGUAGGAGAAGGAGGAAAAGUUGAUGGAUAUAUCGAUAUGUAAAUAGCGAAUAUGGGAUUGAUGUUUUGUGUAUAUGUAUUUAUGUAUUUUUUUUUAUGUUUUUAUAUUUAUGAAUAGAAAAAGAUGAAGUGAAUUUAUGA